AUGGCUUCGCUUAUUAACAAUUCAUUUAAUGAUCAAACUUAUCUUCAUAGCUUUAGCAACAAUAGAGGCAAUUUUAUGGACUUGAUUCCACCUGAUUGGGAGAAGGCAAAAAAACAUGCACAAUCUAGAGAAACAAAACCUGAGAGAAGCAAAACAUCAGACAAUGAUUAUGAAGAUAUUUGUGAAUGUUGUGGCUAUGAAAUUAAUAGAAUUCCUAUAAAUUUAUUUGUUGCAAAUAUAAAACUUGGAUUUUUAGGUUCUGGUUUUCCUCUCUAUUUUAGCUAUUUAAAUAUCUGUAUCCUUAUGUUAUUAUUCUUAAGUCUUAUUUAAGGCCUUCCUACUGCUGCAUUCUAUAGUUUAGAUUCUUUUUGUUAAAAAUCAUAACUUGAAGUAUAUGAUUGGAUGAAGUAUUAGCAAGCUAAUAUUAAUAGUGUAAAAAGAGUUUAGCCAUGCCCAAAUCUUUUAGUAAAUGAAUUAUCUUUGGCAAAUACAAUUGAUUAAAUUAAAGAAGGUGGUUCGUUAUAAUUUUCGAUUGUUGCCAUGCUAUUCUAAGUAAUAGCAUGUUUUGAAUUUAGAAAAAAUUUGAGAUAAACUGAAGUUGAUGUAGAUCAAAAGUUUACAACUCCUACUGACUACUCAGUUUGGAUUAAACUAAUUCCAAAAAAUUUGAAAAAUAUAUAACAAACAAUCAAAGAUCACUUUGCAUUAUAAAAUAAAACAGUAGAAAAAGUAAACCUGAUCUAUAAUAUUGAUGAAAUUUAAGAACUGGAACUUAAAUAUAAAAAUCUUAUAAAGAAAAAGUAAGAAUAUCUUAAAAAAAAUGGAAUAAAUUCCAAAGAUGAAGAGCUAUUUUAGAUAUAAGUAGAAAUAAACAAUGUAAAUAAUGAGAUCUUAGAAAAAUAAACUCUCAUUCCCUUAUAGCCAGAGAAGUUUACUGGACAAGCAUUUGUAAGUUUUUCCACAGAGCAAGAAAAAGAUUAAGUAUUAGAUGAGCAUGUACCAGGAUUUUUUACAAAGUUACUUAAUUAUUUAUAUAAUGGAAGGCUAGAAAGGUAUAAUGAUACUUAAAAAAUAGGCAAAGAAAAAAUUUUAAUCAUAGAAGCUCCUGAACCUAAUGAUAUAGACUGGGAAUUUGCUCACUGCUCUAAUCGUGAUAGAUAAAUCUCAAAUAUUUAUUCAACAUUUAUGUGGAUACUUUUGAUGCUUUUGAGCUUGGGAUUGGUUUUACUAUUAAAAUACAUUUAGUCUUUGUAAGUAUAAAAGGCCUAUAGUAGAUUACAUGAAAUUCAUGCUUUAGAUGAAGCUAAAAAUAAAAUUAAAAUAGAAAAAAUUUUAUAGGAAAUUUAAAAUAGCUUUUAUUGGGACUAAAUAUUUUGUUUUCUACUGUCUAUAUCUAUAGCUUUAUUCAAUUAACUCGCUCUUCCCUAUUUAGUUGGGCUUAUAGUUAAAAUGGAGAAAUAAAGUACUAAAACUAAAAUGAAUACUUCUUUUGCUUUUAAGUUAGCAAUACCUCUUUUUUUAAAUACUGCUUUAUCUAGCUUUUUUACAGACAUUUUUUUUUUCUAAAAUUACUAUGGCUACGGAGGUAACAUGGUAUAUAGCGUUACUCUUAAUUUAAUUUUAAAUGCAACUUUACCAAAUAUCUUAUGGGUUAUUGAUCCUUGGUCCAUUAUUAAGAACAAAAAAAGAGAAAAAGAACUACAAAACAAAGAAAAUUCGGUUCUUACUUAGAGAGAAGCUAAUGAGUUGAUGGAACUUCCAAGUUAUUCGAUUGGUUGGAGGUAUGCAGAUACUACAAAAACGAUGUGGUUAACUUUUUUUUUCUCUCCCUUAGUACCUAUAUGCACUUUUAUCUCUCUUUUAGGGAUGAUUUUUUAUUACUUGCUUGAUAAAUAUAAUCUAAUAUAUAGAAGAACAGUCAAAGAAUCUAUUGGAUAUGAUUUAUCAUUUGAAAUGCUUGAAUUAAUUGAAUUUAAUGUCUUCUUGCAUUGUAUGGGUAACUUUAUUUUCAGAUGGAUCCUUGGCUAAUAUAUAGACUAUUUUAGUUUAGGAUUAUUUUGCAUAUCAAUUAUAUUUAUUAUAUUGCCACUCUAAUUAAUUAAUGAAUGGAUUUUUGAAAUUGUAAGUAUCUAAGAAGUCAAGCCUUACAAGUAAGUAAAAGACUAGUUUGAUACAGAUUAUGAAAGGGAAAACCCUAUCACAAAAAAUAAAGCUUUAGAGUUUUUCUAAUUAGCAAGAUAAUCAAAAACUGAAGUAUGA